AUGGCCACGCCCCCACGUCCAUGGCCACGCCCCAAGGUCGCUGGACAUCCCCCGACGUCAGUGGCCACGCCCCGAGCCAUUGCCACCGGCCACGCCCCAAGGUUGCUGGACAUCCCCCGACGUCAUGGCCACGACCCUGACCACGCCUCCGACGUCCAUGGCCACGCCCCCACGUCCGCGGGCCACACCCCAAGGCCCCUGGAAACGCCCCUGACGUCAUGGCCACGCCCCGAUCCAUUGCCAGCCCCGACGCCCACGGCCACGCCCCUGACCACGCCCCCGGCGUCCAUGGCCACACCCCGAGGUCCCUGGACACGCCCCCGGCGUCAAUGGCCACGCCCCGAGUCCAUUGCCCCCCCCGACGUCCAUGGCCACGCCCCCGAAGUCCAUGGCCACACCCCGAGGCCCCCUGGACACGCCCCCGACGUCCGUGGCUACGCCCCGACGUCCCUGGCCACACCCCGAGGUCCCUGGACACGCCCCCGAAGUCAAUGGCCACGCCCCGAUGUCCCUGGACUCGCCCCCGACGUCCAUGGCCACACUCCGACGUCCAUAGUCACGCCCCUGACGCUCAUGGACACGCCCCCCGACGUACACGGCCACACCCCGAGAUCCCUGGCCACGCCCCCUACGCGCAUGGCCACGCCCCCGACGUCCGUGGCCACGCCCCCGACCGUUGUCAAGGGAGGAGGCCGGAGACGGGCAGGGCCGUGA